AUGAAUCGCCCAGCUGUGUUGUUGGAAUGUGGAGUGUUGCCUGGGCUUCGCCAGACAUCUGUCAGAGCUGAACUCUAUGCUGUUAUGCGAGCAGUGAGGUUUGCGUGUUGUCGUGGACUUGAACUCAUGAUUUGGUCAGAUUGCCAGGCUGUUGUUAGGAGGCUCCGGAGAAUUCUCCAGGGUGCAGCAGUUCGCAUUAAUUCACCUAAUGCUGACUUGUGGAUGAUGAUUGCAGAUGACAUCUCUGCUGGUGCUCAUGUUCAGAUCACCAAGGUCAAAGCCCACUGUACUGUCUCCAGUGCUAACUCACCUUUGGAAGAAUGGUGUUACCUACACAAUCAGUUUGCGGAUCGGGCUGCAGUGCGUGCGAAUGAAAGUCGUGGUGAGGAGUUCUGGUUGCUAUUGGCCAGACAUGCUACUGCUUGCCGGAGUGUUGAUGAGUGGAAUUCCUGCAUUCAACAAGUCUUGAUUGCCAUUAGUAGAAGGGUUCUUUGCCAUGAACGUAUGACUGACAGUCCUGAGCCGUCUCCUUCUGUGCCAGGUCCACCGCCCAAGUGGACUGCCUUGCCCCCAAUGCCUUCUCCCCCGAAGGGAGCAGUUAGGUGGUAUGGUGAAGGGUUGGUGAUGAAACUGCUCAAAUGGUUUUGGCAUGCGGUUCAAUGUGAGCCGGGCCCGGUGGUGUGGAUCUCCCAUGCGCAGAUGUACAUUGACUUUGCCCUCACCACUGGGGAAGCUGGACCAGUGCAUAUCAAUGGAUGGCGGGACAGUGCGGACAUGCCUCUCCAUGCUCUGUUGCACACUGGGUUCAAGACUCGAGCUCGGUGGUUUGGCAAAGUUCUGCGUGAGACACUGCGACAUGCUAAUGUUGAUGUGGUGGCUGGCUACAGCGUGCCGACUAGCCACAUGAUCCACAUGCAUUGCAGCUGUUUGGGGGUGCCCUGGGACCCGGGUCGAUUGGAUGCAGUUGACCGCUGGCUCAUGAAGUUCUCGAAGACUCCGUUUCGUCGACAGACGAAAGAACUGGACCGGCUACCGGAGAAGCGUCGGCAGCUGCGUUUGGAGCGCAAGAAGCGCGGCAACGCGGAGCAUGAGGCCCAAGAACUCCGAGAGCAACUCUCAGUGCUUGUGAAGAAAGCAGGUGCUGGCGGAGUCCUCUCGGCAGCAGGGCACCUGGCUAUGCAGGGAAAUGGCUUGACAAAGGAAGCCCUCAAGGUUUCUGAAAAACAGGAACCGGCGACGUAUUGCAAACACAGCGCGGCUGCGGAGGUGUUACAAUGGAAACGCUUGGCGGCGCACAGAGAAAAACUCUUGCAGCAGGAGGAAAGGAUCAUCGAAGGCAACAAGAUCACCGAGGCAGAGUACUGUGGUUCUGAAGCCUUGCAACAUUUCCGAAGGAACCAGAGGACUCGUGCUGCCAUGGUACGUGAAGCCUAUGGCUCACUAAAGCUGGGAGGUUUCGAGAGCUGAGAGGUUGUUCUCAUCUUCUGUGAAGCCACUGUUCGAGAGGUACCAGAUUUGUUUCCCCACCAUGAUUGUCACCAUCAACAAUGGUGAUUAGUGGUUAAUAUGCUCUGGUUGG